AUGAAGGCUGAACUUUACAAACAUCUCGCUCGAGUUCACGGUUAUACCAAAGAACAAAUUGACAUCAUCAAGACUGAAAAAAGAAGAGAGAAGUUAGCAGCCACAGGGAAACCCAUAUUCGUCUGCGAAUUAUGUGGCGCGCAGUAUACGAAUGAAGUCAUCUUCCAAAGACAUCAACGAGCAAAACACCCUGAUGACUAUACACUGAAAGCAAUAAGAUGUCCAAUUUGUGAUGAGGAAGCAAUUAAUCAUCGUGAGCUUACCAAUCACGCCCGUCUCUGUCAUUCUAACAACGAAGAUGACUUCAUCGUAGAAAGAUUGAGUUUUACAAACAAGCAGGAUUUCGAGGUGUGGAGAAUUGCUUCGGAAGAAGCGCACGUCAUAAGCCGUUUUACCUCAAAGGUUAAACACACGGAAGAUGCUAAAAUUAUCUACAUGCGCUGUCAUCAAGCGCUACGCACACCCAACGAUGUUCCUAAAAAAACCAAGAAAACCGUCGCAUACUGCACCGCAUAUAUGAACAUUACUGAGAAAGAAGACGGCAUCUCUGUUGAACAUUGUUUCACCCAUUGUGGACACGAGGCUAACCCAGCGAAACUGCGAUUAGACAAGGAUGCAGAGCAGUACAUCAUUUCAUUAUUGAAAGACGGCCUCACAGUUAGACAAGUGCACAAGAAGCUAAGAGCGAAAGUGAGAGGUGGACCCCGCACACGAUUGUACUUCACGACAACGAGAGACAUAAGAAACCUCGCAACAAGAUGUCGCGUGCAACCAGGACGACUGCACAACCUUGAUACAACGUCAGUUCAGAUGCGCGUAGACCUUAACGAUGAUUCUGACGGUGUGCAGUUCUUCCGAGCCGCACAAGAUGCAAGUGGAGACGGAUUCACUCUUGUCGUUAUCACCCCCAUCCAGAAAGAGUGGCUAGGAAAAUAUGGCCGCAGGGCGCUAUGCUUGGACGAUACCUUUAAUCUCACCUCUUACUCGCUCAGACUCACCACUGUGGUGGUUGCAGACGAGUGGGAUAGAGCUCUUCCAGCCGCUUACCUACUCUCGUAUAGAAUGACUGAAGUUGAAGUAGGAAUCUUGUUUGAAUGCGUGAAGAAGCUGUUGCCCUCUUUUCAUACGGAGUUCUUCAUGACAGAUGACACAAAUACCUUUUGGAACGGCUUCAGAAAGGUGUUCACAACGACACAUACCAAAAGGCUGCUAUGUCUCUGGCAUGUGCAACAAGCAAUGAAGAGGAACGCAUCGUCAAAACUUGUUAAUUCAGAACAUCUCAAGCCAUUCAUGAAAAAAGCCCGUGAGAUCUGCCUUAUACGCAGUCGCGAGAUUUUUACUAUCAAAUACACCUCGCUUCUGAAAUUUCUGCGUGAUCAAAGCGAAAACGUACUCGCAACCUAUAUGGAGAACUCCUGGAGCGAUAGAAUUGAACAAUGGGCAGCUUUUGGACGACUGGGAUCCUGCGUUAGUACAUCUAUGUUGUGCGAAAGGUUCCACAAGACCUUGAAACACGACAUUCUGGAGGGAAAAGCUAACGUCAGGAUUGACAGUCUGCUGCAGCUGCUCAUCAACUUGGUUACUGAGGCUGAGGAGGAAAGAGAAAUUGCGAUGGAGAGAGGAGUAGAGGAAGGACGUUACCGGCUCCAGCAGCACCAUAAGUCUCACGCGGCAGCAGUGAGCAGAUAUGCAGACAGACCACACACAAUCUCAGUAACGGGCAGCGGUCAAUGGGAAGUGAAGGAUGAUGGCUGCACUUACCAAAUCCAAGAACACUUUUGUCCAUGUGACAGCCAGUUGAACAACCAUUGCAAACGAGAGGACUGCAAGGCAUGCCCUUACGCAUAUGCAUGCAAUUGCUCGAUGGAUGUAAGAAGUGGAAUCAGCUGCCAUCAUGUGCAUGCGGUACUCAUGUACGCACCAUCAGGUAUGCGGGCCGCACAAGAAUCUCCUGCACGUUCUCCCUCUCCUCUGAGAAUCGUGAUCGACAGCAGUGACGAAGAUGAAAUGAUUGAGGUAGAGGACGAAGACUUAUAUGUGAUGGAUGAAGAAGCUGCUCCCUUACCGCGGCGUUCUACGGACAACCGUGAUGAGGCCAGAGAUGUGAUGCAAAAAAUAGAAAUGGACUACGCUGCAGGCAAUGUCGACUUGUUCACUCUAAGAAGCCACACCAGUGAUGAGGUAGUAAUGGCGACCAUCAGAGAGGCAGGGAAGCUCAUAGAACGCUACAAGAAACUGAUGGCCGAUGCAAAAGCCAGCAAGAUGGGGAAGGAGAAUUCAGUCAAGCUUGCAAGGCGUACAGGAAUAUCCAGCGUUGGCCGCCCACAAGGAUUUACCCCCAUUAGGAAACUACAUAAGCGAUCUCAUCUGCGGAAGUGUGAAAGAUCGAAGCGCAAAAGAACACCAGAACUAGAAAUCCCCGACUGUGCUGCGGAUGAGAGAGACACAUGCUCUGUGUGUCUCCGAAUGCAACCAAACAAUCUAGGAAACCGUACUGAGAUAUCCUGGAUCCAGUGUCCCAAGUGCGAAAAUUGGAUGCAUAGUGACUGUGUAGGCACUACUUGUCCAGAUGACGGGACUAGCUUAGAAUGA